AUGCACUGUGAUGUCCAACAUUACAUCAUCAGUGUUAUCACUGGAGCAGCCCCUCCCAAAAUCAUUACUGCUAUUUGUGCACUCAUGGACUUCCAAUACCGAGUCCAAGCUUACCACAUUGACAACAACAAUCUUUGUAUAAUAUCUUCUGUACUGGAUGAGUUUCAUGUGCACAAGCAGUUGAUACUUGAUCAUGGUGCACAAUGUGGUAAGGGAAACAAGCCCAUUGACAAUUGGCACAUCCCCAAGUUAGAACUCAUGCAGAGCAUCAUACCAAGUGUGAAGCAUGUCAGGGUCACCAUCCAAUGGACUGCUGAUGUAACUGAACACACCCAUGUAUCAGAGAUCAAGACACCCACAUCAGCUAGCAAUAACAAUAACUAUGAUCCUCAAAUUUGCCAGCACCUUGAUCAUGCUGAAAAAUGUAGGACAUUUGAACUUGUGACAUCAUUAUAUGAAUCAAAGACUCACUCCCAUGGUCAUGCAGAAGAAAAGUCCUUGGAGGUUGAGGAUGGGAGUUCUGAUGAUGGCGACAGUGAGAUCAGUGAUCACGAGGAGGUGAAUCUAGUUUCCAAGAUGCCAGGUCCCAUGCAGCCCAUCACUGAUUACUUUGCCAUCUCUGCAUGCCUCAGGACCCAGGAUCCAGACUCCAUUCCCUUCCCCUUGUGUAGUUUUAUUGCAGAUGAUACAAUGAUCAACCUUUCCUAUGACCCACCCUUGCAAUGCAUUAGUGUUGAUGCCACCCUUGUUGAUUUUCUAAAUCAUGAGAAGGUGUAUGGACCAAGCUCUGUGCACACUAUGAGUGGGCAAUGUUGGGGAUCAAGCUCUUCAACCCUGCCUUUUACUGAUCUGCAGGUUUGGUACAAGAUGCAGCUGCAGAACAUGGAAAUACAUGAUAUCAUGGACAUCCUCCCUGCCCAGACUCUCUUCUGUUCUCCACCUUGUGAGACCUGGACCCUUGGCUGCUAUGAUGCAGCUAUCAUCAAUGUGGACCCCCAUUUCAAAUGGCCAGAGAGUGGCCUGAAAGGUCAUGUUGUUGGCCAGCUCCAUCUCCUGAUGUGCCCUUUUGGCAAGAGGGGGGUAAGAUGGUUGUGGACAGACUGUUUUUUGGUCUACAUACAACAUUUUGACAUAGCAGCUGAAGAUGCAACACACCUACAUAUCCUUAGGCAUACAAAGAGAGCAAAUGGCCAGCAUCUUGGCGAUGUCAUCCCACUCAGUCAGGUCUGGGUGUUUGCACAUCUCAUACCUCGCUUCAGGCAAACUGCAGAUAAUCAAUUGACAGCAUACAACUCCUUCAAGCAUUCUACUGAAUUCUAUCUCAACAAAUACUUUGACAGAAAUACAUACUUUGCCCUAAGUCAUUCGGACUCUCCUCCCAUCUAG